AUGAGAGGCCAACCAGGUUGCCACCUCGGUCUCACCACGGGAAACCUGAGCGGAGACCCAGCUGCGCCGGGCCGCACCUCUGGCCCACAGAGCUGUGAGCUGGCGCACGGGUGUGCUUCGCAGGCGCUGUGUGCGGCCCAGACCAUUAACUGCCUGGCUGCUGACCGAGAAGUUGGGGUCCAAGUCCACACAGAGUCACCUCGGGACCAAGUUUACCUGAAGUGGAAACACUGUGAAACACCAGGCGUUAAGACUCUCUGCAACCUCACUAAACUUCUGAAUAGACUUCAAAAAGAACACCGCGAUGAUAUCUACCUUUACACCUCCGGGCACCUAAAUCCCAACAAGCUCUACAGGCCUCCGGAAACGAUCUUAUACCACUGGCCUAAUGCCAACAGGCCAAGGAGGGAAAGAAUCUCCAGAGAGGAAAAGCAACCCGAUGAGACGGUGGAGAAGAUGAAGGACGCGCUGGCUGAGUUUACUAUCAACACCGCUCUGGUUCCAGAUGACUCUAAGAACACACCUCUGUUCAGGUACCUGAACCCUAAGGCUCCUCUUUCCCACCCAGACGUUACGAAAGGGGGUUCCAUUCCACAGGAAGUUGUGAAAGAAGAGUCAGAGGAGAUGCGUGUGUUUUCUUCUGAGCAGCUAAAGAGAAAGGAGUUGAGACUGCUGGGGAUGAGAGUUCUGAAGUACAAGUCCAUGUCUUCCAGCCGCCAGUGUGUGGUGGCUCCUCCCAGCAAGGAUGAAUACCAGUACAUCGACUCCUACUUAGCUGGUGUCACUAAAGCCGACAGAUACAGGCAGCUCUUGUGUUUCCAAAAAGAUGUCCUUGCAAAGCAAGACCUUCUGAAGAAUGAUUACACUGGGAGCAAAGCAGUGAUACACCAUGAACAGAAGUUGGAGCAGGAGCUCCAGAAAAUAAGCCCAUGCAGUGCUCCGCAAUUCAGCCGACUGCAGAUCUUUGGAAAAGUCUUUGAAGAUAUUUGUAAUAGUUCCUUAAUAUUUGGUGAUAUCCUCAGAGAAAUUAAGAGCGAAUAUGAGUGCUACAUGUCCAUCCUUCUGGACUCCCAGCCAACAGCCCAGUAUAAGACGUUGCUGGCUCACAUCAAGGGACUAGAGAGGAGGUCUGUGAAGACAGCAGAUGUGGACCAGGCCAAGGAGGAGUUGAAGGUGGUUGUGAGGGCCGUCAAAGCUGCCCUGGAGCACAAUGACAAGGUCCAAUCACAGUUGGAUAGGAAAUAUUAUAUUUUAGCAUGCAAAAUAGUGUUAAUCAUACAAUUAUCUGAGAAAAAUGUAACUGAAGAGAAGGACCUUACUCUUAUUGAGAAGGUUGAAAAGAAGAGAUGUGAAAUACUCAAUAAAUGGGAUGAAAUUCAAGCUCUUGAAAGAGAAAUUAAAACGAAUUUUGUUCACAUGGGGAUUUCAGACAUCACCGAGAGCAGCAUUAACAGCAUAGAGGUGUGUGAUUUGUUGGAUAAUUUGUUUCCUGUUCCUUUGAUUGUAGACCCUGGUAAACAUGUGAAGCAGUUUGAUUUUGCAAUAGAGUGA